GAAGGGCCCAAGCUUCGCUUUCAAAAUGAAGUUCUUGGCGCUGUUGGCCCUGGUGGGUCAGUUUCCCACCCAUGGCCAUCAAUUGCGCUGGUCGGCCGCAAUUACCCCAGAGAUGAGAGCGGUGUCCAUUCCUUUGAAGCGGACGUCAGCUUCGCCAACUCUGCAUCAUAGGAAGGGCCUUGGACUGUUGAGCGUUCAGGAGAUCCAAGGGCACAGUGAGGCCAGUCUGGUGUCGCAGAUGCGCGCCCAGGCUCAGCAGCUGCAUGCGCUGCAAUACUAUGGUGAAAUCCAGGUCGGAACUCCACCGCAAAGUUUCGCGGUGAUCUUUGAUACGGGCAGCGGCCAGCAUGGACGAAAGCAUCACUGACUCCCUCACCGGCCAAAGCAGUUCGGGAGGUGUGUCAUUGAACAGUCAGUCUUCGGCCUGGUUCAAGGCCUUCUUGUGCAGUUGUUGCUGCAACGUGCUGCUGUUGAUAGCUGUCAGUUACCUUGUUUGGUAUGCUAUUUUUAGACCCCCUACAGAUACCAUUUGCGCACUUGACUACCGCGCAAACCUUGCCAUGGUUCAAGAUAACGUGACUGCGGUGGUGCAAGAGUAUUCAUUGGCAAAUGCGACACAAGAUCAGAUCGAUUGUUAUCUUGCCCUCUACAAGAAGAUCACUUUAAUUUGGCCAACUAUUCAAAUGAUCCUGUGACCUACCAAUGGAAGAUGCAAUUGGGUUCCGACUCCCAAAUGGCCGAAGCUUUUGCGGAGCGCCGGCAAAUGAUGGCGGCCAAUCACUUCCAACAGCUCUAUGAUUUGUUGAUGGCAGAUGGGGUGUGGGCCUACCUCUACUCUCAAUAUUUUCCCGAAGAGGAUCGGGAGAAGUUAAUGCUGGCAGAUAUGCAUGAGACUUCCAUGAUGGUGACGAUGGUAAAGAUGCCGGAGUGCAUAGAUGAUUUGGUGCAUACCUACGGGUUGGAAAACUAUGAGAAAUACUACUUCUAUGCACGCUAUGCAUCAGAUGCGGCCAAGAUGCAACAGAUCUCCGAGGAGCUUUGCGAGGAUUUUCCAGCUCUUCCCAGCGGUUAAGGGGCGAAA